UGGCGUCUGCGUGUCAUAUGACCUGCAGCGGUCAAAGAUGGCUUUCGUGUCUGGAGCGGGUCGGAGCUGCUGGAAUCCCUCGGCAAUGUCUGGCUGCGUUGCGGUAUUCCUGAUUUUAACGAUCUCGUCUUGGUUCGGGUCGACUCGGGCAGAGGUCUGCUCGGCGUUUCUAGACAGACAGACUGGAAAACUGACGCUAGCAAAUGGUUUUCGACCAGACUUUGUAGCCUGGGCUAAUUUUACCGAUGAAAUAAAGCAGACAGGGUGGUCAUAUCUGGAAGUUACCACUAGUGGGCGGUACAACGACAGUCUCCAGGCUUACGCAGCUGGGGCAGUGGAGGCUGCUGUCACCUCACAGCUGCUGUAUGAGCACUGGAUGAACACUAUGGUGGGCUACUGUGGCCCCUUCAAGUAUGAGAGUGGAUACUGCAAGAGGCUGAAGGAUUACAUCAUCCGCAAUCUGCAGUGGAUGGAGCAGCAGAUGGAGCAAGCAGACGACCCCGAGUACUGGCAUCAGAUACGUCUGGCUUUGCUGCAGCUGAGAGGCCUAGAGGACAGCUACAACGACCAGGUGGCCUUUCCCAGUGGCCAGUUCUCAGUCAACCCCUUCGGCUUCUUGCUUUUUCAGAUGGGCGGAGACCUGGAAGACUUGGAGGCAGCCCUUAACAAAAGCAGCCUAUCGAGAACACUGGGCUCUGGAUCGUGUUCCGCCCUCAUCAAGCUCCUUCCAGGCAACAAAGAGCUGCUAGUCUCCCACGUCACCUGGAACAACUACCAGUCCAUGCUGAGGAUCAUGAAGAAGUACUCCUUUGCCUUCAGGAAGUCCCCACAAGCUGAAGAUCCUAUUCCUGGCGGGACACAAGCGUUCUCCUCUUAUCCUGGCUCCAUCUUUUCUGGAGAUGACUUCUACAUUCUGAGCAGUGGACUGGUCGCCAUGGAGACGACCAUUGGCAACAGUAACCCCGCCCUGUGGAAGUACGUGACGCCCGAGGGGGCGGUGAUGGAGUGGCUGCGCAAUAUGGUGGCCAAUCGGCUGGCGAGGAAUGGCUCGCACUGGGCUGCGGUCUUCAGCAAGUUCAACAGUGGGACGUACAAUAACCAGUGGAUGAUUGUAGAUUACAGUCGCUUCACCCCUGGGAAAACGGACGAAGAGAAUCUCUUAACGGUUCUGGAGCAGAUUCCAGGUCUGAUUGUGACUGAGGACAAAACCAAAGAGUUACUCCAGAAGAGUUACUGGGCCAGCUAUAACAUCCCCUACUUUGAGAAGGUGUUCAAUGCCAGUGGCUGCCCAGCUCUGGUCCAGAAGUAUGGAGACUGGUUCUCCUUUGACAAGAACCCGCGGGCUCAGAUCUUCCAGCGGAACCACAGCCUUGUGGUCGACAUGGACUCCAUGAUUCGCCUCAUGAGGUAUAAUAACUUCGAGGAGGAUCCCCUGUCUCGGUGCCAGGCCUGUGACCCCCCCAGCAAUGGAGAGAAUGCCAUCUCCGCCCGGUCGGACCUCAACCCCGCCAACGGCACGUAUCCCUUCGGGGCCCUGAGGCAGAGGCCUCACGGCAGCACCGACAUGAAGGUGACGUCCUACGCCAUGUUCAGGGAUUACAAGCUGCUGGCGGCCAGUGGCCCCACCUGGGAUCAGGUGCCUGCCUUUCAAUGGAGCAAGUCUCCCUACAGCGGGCUGCUGCACAUGGGACACCCUGAUCUGUGGGCCUUCCCCACAGUGCCAGUGGGCUGGAGCUGAGAGGACCGCGACGGCACUGUCUUCACUCUGGGCGAGCGAGUGAGCGAGCGAGCAGGAUUCCCUCUCCGCCUCUCUCUCUGGGUCACACCUGGGUGGCGUGUUUCAACUGGACACCCUCGAACAGGGAGGAGGGGACUGGGUUUAAAAAAAUGCAAAGUACAAGAGAUUUCAGAAUUUCUUAGUUUACCCUUAAUUACAUGUCCUAUGAGGACUAUGUGUGGCUGUGUGACUCCGAUUUGUUUUUAUGUAAAACAUCUAUAAGUGAUUCAUUCACUUGUAGGUGUUUUUUAAGGAUAUGUAUUCACUUUUAGAUGCUUUUUAGUAAACUGACUGCCCUUCCUCACUCUCUGGUUUCUUCUUAGAAAUACCAUUUUUUGAAUGAACAUCAAAAACACAAAUUUAAUUUUAUUUUAUGAGUAAUUGUUGCCAUGGUGGAAACUAACGUUUUUUAUAUCAAUUGCUAUAAAUCUAUUGCUUUAAAUCUCAUGUUAAAACUUUGUCACUUCAUCACAAACAAUUAAACUGUUAUUGCAGGAUUGCGAUCAUUGUAAUUAUCCACCAACCUAUUUUAAGAGUUAGUAAUAAAUUCCUGAAAGUUGCAGAUCAGCUUAGGUUUGAUCUGGAGUGGUGUUACUAUGUUGCUCCAGUAACCUAAGCUCAUAAAUGGCUGAAUGAUAAUAAAUUGCAAUCUUGGAUCAAAGGCAUGCCAGGGAUAAAUUGCAUUGGGGCUAUUUUCUUUGACUUAUACUGGAAGUUCUGGAAGAAAUGUUUGGUGGUAGGUGAAAUGUACUAACUGCCACCUCCCAAGAGAAACACAUUUGCACACAGGAAACAUGCUGCCACUGGAUGGCAGUAUUUUUCCCACCAUCUUCUGUCAAGAUAUUAAAAUGGUUCUUUGAUCAGUCUGUCUCCUGUGUCUGUCCAGACAUGUACAGGCCUGCUGUUCCCAUCUGUGUCUGUGAAUGAACUGGCCAGCUGCCGCCGCUGUGGUCUGAAGGCCUAGUUUCUCUCUUACCAGGCUGGAAGUCUUUCUCUGCCCCGAUAUGAAAUGCUUUGUUUCCCUUUGUUACAAAUCUGAUACCAUAGUGCUUGAUUUCAUUGUAAGUUCGCUGCUAAAAACAGAGUAAUUAGCAGUCUAAAAUAAUGUGCCUUGAUUUCUUGAGUGUGAUUAAUAAAGUGUCCACAAAAGAUGAGCCCCAAAUAAAGAUCAUUUUUGAUUCAGUGUUCCAUUCAAUGAAUGUGCUUUGAGAUGCCGACUGAUGGAAUUGGAAUUUAAUAAAAUGGAAUAUAUCAAAA